CUUGAAUUUCCACCAUAUGCAGAUAUGCAGAUUUCCUCGUGUUUGAGUUGUUCCCGUGUUUUGUGUGUGUUACUCUGGAUUUCCAGUAUAUGCAGAAUCUAUUGUGUUCCAGGGACACUGGCUUUUUAACAGUAUGCACCUGGCUUAUUGGUUUCUUUCAAAGAAUGUGUGGGGAAGUUCAGGUGAGGCUGCCUCUUUACAAAAAAAAACAUGCAGGAAGUAUGUCUUACUUGUGUGGCCGCACUGCAUGUUCUCUGUCACAGUAACACUACAUUCUAUAUAGAUACAGGAGAAGCAGGGGGUCAUUUGCUUGGAUUUUCAGAAGGCUUUAGAUAAGAUGCCUCACAUGAGGCUGCUUAACAAGAUAAUAUCCUAUGGCAUUACAGGAAAAUACGGGCAUGGAUAGAGGGAUGGCUGACCGGCAGGCGGAAGCAAGUGGGAAUAAAGGGGCCUUUUCUGGCUGGCUGUCAGCAACUGGUAGUGUUCCUCAGGGGUCAGUAUUGGGACCAUAACUUUUCACAUUGUUUGUCAGUGAUUCAGAUAAUGGAAUUAAUGGCUUUGUGGCAAAGUUUGCAGAUGAUAUGAAGAUAGGUGGAGGGGUAGGUAGUGCUAAGGAAGCAAUGUGAUUGCAGCAGGACUUAGACAAAUUGGAAGAAUGGGCAAAAAAGUGGCAGAUGGAAUACAGUGUUGGGAAAUGUAUGAUAAUGCAUUUUGGUAAAAGGAACAAUAGUGCAGACUGUUAUUUAAAUGGGGAGAAGGUUCAAACAUCAGAGGUGCACAGAGACUUGCAAGUCCUCGUGCAAGACUCUCAGAAGGUUAAUUUACAGGUUGAGUCUGUGGUAAAGAAAGCAAACGCAAUGCUGGUGUUUAUUUCAAAGGGUAUAGAAUAUAAAAGCAAGGAGAUAAUGAUGAGCCUUCGUAAGACACUAGUCAGUCUGCACUCCAAGUAUUGUCAGCAGAUUUGGGCCCCAUAUCUCAGAAAGGAUGUGUUGUCAUUGGAGAGAGUUCAGAGGAGGUUCACAAGGAUGAUUCCAGGAAUGGAGGGGUUAACAUAUGAGGAGGGUUUGGCAGCUUUGGGCCUGUACUCACUGGAAUUUAGAAAAAUGCAGGGGGGUAGGGGUGGUGGGGGUGGUGUCUCAUUGAAACCUACCGAAUGUUGAAAGGUCUAGAUAAGGCAGAUGUGAAGAGGAUGUUUCCUAUGGUUGGUGUGUCCAGAACUAGAGGGCACAGCCUCAAAAUUGAGGGAAGACCCUUUAGAACAGAGAUGAGGAGGAAUUUUUUUAGCCAGAGAGUAGUGAGUCUGUGGAAUGCUCAGCCAUAGAGUGUGGUGGAGGCCAAAUCCGUGGGUAUAUUUAAGGUGGAAGUUGAUUGCUUCCUGAUCGGUCAGGGCAUCAAAGGAUAUGGCUAGAAGGCACGAGUAUGGGGUUGAGUGGGAUCCGAGAUCAGCCACGAUGGAAUGGUGGAGCAGACUCAAUAGGCUGAAUGGCUGAAUUCUGCUCCUAUGUCUUAUGGCCUUCUAGACUGUUUUCCUUUUUAUUACCUCAAUGUGCUUAUUCAUGGAAUGAUCUGUCUGGAUGGCACAUACACAAAAGUUUUUCACUACAACAUGAUACUUGUGACAAUAAUAAACCAAUUCCAAUAACUGUGUCAUGGCACUGUGGAUGAAAUUAAGCUGCAUUAAGAAAAUUUGAGCCAGUGGUCAUACUCAUUCUUCUGUGUAAAAAUAAUAUAUACUUUCUCCUCUAGUCUUCCCAUAAUAUUCUGAUUCUUCACAAACAACACUGAUUCAGUGAUGCACACCUUCAACACAUACACUCUGUGGCCAUAAUAUUAGGUACACCUGUACACCUGCUCGUUAAUGCAAAUACCUAAUUAGCCAAUCAUGCGGGCAGCAACUCAAUACAUAAAAGCAUGCAGACAUGGUCAAGAGGUUCAGUUGUUGUUCAGACCAAACAUUAGAAGUGUGAUCUAAGUGACUUUGACCAUGGAAUGAUUGUUGGUGCCAGACAGAGUGGUUUGAUUAUCCCAGAAACUACUGAUCUUCUGGGAUUUCUAUGUACAACAGUCUCUAGAGUUUACACAGAAUGAUGUGAAAAUCAAAAAUACAUCCAGUGAGCAGCAAUACUGUGAGCAAAAAUGCUUUGUUAAUGAGAGAGGUCAGAGGAGAAUGGCCAGACUGGUUCAAGCAGGUAGGAAGGUGACAGUAACUCAAAUAACCACAUAUUACAACAGUGGUGUGCAGAAGAGCAUCUCUGAACACACAAUACUUCGAACCUUGAAGUGGAUGGGCUACAGCAGCAGAAGACCAUGAACAUGUGUACAGGUGGGAGUUGUGUACAGGCCACCUAACAGUAGUAGUGAGGUUGGGUUGGUAUUCAACAGGAAAUUAGAAAUGCGUGCAAUAAAGGAACAGCAGUUAUAAUGGGUGACUUCAAUCUACAUAUAGAUUGGGUGAACCAAAUUGGUAGGGGUGCUGAGGAAGAGGAUUUCUGGGAAUGUAUGCGGGAUAGUUUUCUGAACCAACAUGUCAAGAAACCAACUAGAGAGCAGGCCAGUGCUGGGACCCCAGUUGUUUACAAUAUAUAUUAAUGACUUAGAUGAGGGAAUUAAAUGCAGCAUCUCCAAGUUUGUGGAUGACACGAAGCUGGGCGGCUGUGUUAGCUGUGAGGAGGAUACUAAGAGGAUGCAGGGUGACUUGGAUAGGUUCGGUGAGUGGGCAAAUUCAUGGCAGAUGCAAUUUAAUGUGGAUAUAUGUGAGGUUAUCCACUUUGGUGGCAAGAACAGGAAAACAGAUUAUUAUCUGAAUGGUGGCCGAUUAGGAAAAGGGGAGGUGCAACGAGACCUGGGUGUCAUUGUACACCAGUCAUUGAAAGUGGGCAUGCAGGUACAGCAGGUGGUGAAAAAGGCGAAUGCUAUGCUGGCAUUUAUAGCAAGAGGAUUCGAGUACAGGAGCAGGGAGGUACUACUGCAGUUGUACAAGGCCUUGGUGAGACCACACCUGGAGUAUUGUGUGCAGUUUUGGUCCCCUAACUUGAGGAAAAACAUUCUUGCCAUAGAGGGAGUACAAAGAAGGUUCACCAGAUUGAUUCCUGGGAUGGCAGGUCUUUCAUAUGAUGAAAGACUGGAUCGACUUGUCUUAUACUCUCUGGAAUUUAGAAGAUCGAGGGGGGAUCUUAUUGAAACGUAUAAGAUCCCAAAGGGAUUGGACAGGCUAGAUGCAGGAAGAUUGUUCCCGAUGUUGGGGAAGUCCAGAACGAGGGGUCACAGUUUGAGGAUAGAGGGGAAGCCUUUUAGGGCCGAGAUUAGGAAAAACUUCUUCACACAGAGAGUGGUGAAUCUGUGGAAUUCUCUGCCACAGGAAACAGUUGAGGUCAGUUCAUUGGCUAUAUUUAAGAGGGAGUUAGAUAUGGCCCUUGUGGCUAAAGGGAUCAGGGGGUAUGGAGGGAAGGCAGGUACAGGGUUCUGAGUUGGAUGAUCAACCAUGAUCAUACUGAAUGGCGGUGCAGGCUCGAAGGGCCAAAUGGCCUACUCCUGCACCUAUUUUCUAUGUUUCUAUGUUACUAACAUACACUCAGUGGCCACUUUAUUAGAUACAGGAGGUACCUAAUAAAUUGGCCACUGAGUGUAACAGCCAAUGAAAUAUGUUGGAGCAUAAACAUUAUUUCCAGAAAGGAAGCACCCCAGCUUCCAAUUUCACAAACAUCAAUAAGGUAAAUAAAUGGUUAAUCUGCUUUUAAUGAUGUUGUUUGAGGGAUAAAUACCAAACAGGAUGCCAGCAAGAGUCUCUCGUUCUCAUCUACUGAUGCCAAAUGAUGCUUUACUUCCGCUUGAGAAGGCUGACAGGAUUUCAGCAUUAAUAUUGUGCAGUUCUCUGUUCAUGUCCUGGACAGGAGAUUGAACAUUCCACCAGAGCCAACCUUGUCUUGAUUACUGAGUAAACCCUUCAUUGAGCACUCUGCAACCCAUUUAAAAUACCUUUUACUUUCAUUUUUGAAAAACUUUUUAAAUCUCUAUAAAAUUUGAUCUUCAUAUUAACAGCGUGUGUUUGGGGAGUUUAUCGGGGAGAGCUUUAAAUGUAGAAUUUAACCUUUCAUUCUACUCUCUUGCUACCCUGUUUUACUGGAAAAUAACUUUCUGAAACUGAAGCAUGGUUUAUGCCUUACCAUGCACUCUCACCUCUUUCUUCAUCCAACCAUACUCACUUAAUUAUAUAUUCCUUCCUCCUUCACUCAUUUAGCUGGCCGUGAACAGAUUUCUAUGGAAGGAUCUCCAACGUUCUGCUUACUAAGUUAUUUCUUGAGUUUUUUUCAUAGUAUAGAUAGUGCUUUAUUCCAAAGCAAGUGUUCUUUCAAGUAUAUUUGUAAUUCUCGUGUGUGUUUUGCAGCCGUUUCUCUGCAGAGUUGACAUAUUAUAAUGAUACACUUUACCAGUAUAGUUUGACAUUUUUAGCAGUUGUUCAUCCAGUAUAUUUUGGUCUUUUCCUCAGAAUUCUUCAAUGUUUUUCAAUUAUGUUUAUUUGAUAUUUUUCCCAGGUUAUUUUUUUAUUCUUUUUCUCUCUAGUGAAUUUUGUGUCAUAUUCUCCAAGAGUACUUUGUUGUUUUUUGUACUUUUUCACUUAUGUCAGUGUUCUUAAAAGUAUAUUUUUGACCAGUGUGCUUUGGUGAGCAUUCCUUAAACAUUCCAUUUUGUUCUUUUGCCCAAUCCAUUUGUGUGUGUUGCUUAAUAUGUUGUUGAGUUACCAGUGCAGGGUUUUCUUAAGCAGUGUGCUCAGGCAGAAUUUAUUUAUGCAUCACAGCCUUUUGGCACAGCGUCAAGUGCAUUUUGUUCCUUUCUCUGGUACACAUUGGUGUUUUAUCCAUCCUGUAUUUACCAGUAUAUUUUGAUGUUUCAAUGGGGUAUUUUGUUGUUUCUCCAAAGGUAUUUUGGUUCUUAUCCAGAUCCUCACUCAUCCCACCAAUUCAAGUUUUGAGAGCUGUUUCGGUUAAGCAUUUAUGGUGCAUAAGUUUUUAUUUGACGAUAUAUGAUGCUGAUUGCUGCAGUUUUGUGAGCUUAUCUUACAUGUUAUUUGCUGGUAUAUUUUGAUAUCUUGAUUAUUUUACUUGGCUGCAUUUUUAGGAUUUCUCUUGAUCUUUUGUGAAUACCUAUCUUUGUGGGGAUGAUGGCACAUUCUGGAGAGAGCACUUCUACAUCCAAUCAGUUUUUCUAUGGCUUGCUAUUUAUUCAGCCUGUGGUCUAGAGAUUGGUGGUGUGUUUUUGGGCCGAUCAAGCGAUCUGGGGCUUUGCUGUCUCCAAGAAGACUCCACAAGCGAGUGGUCUCAAGGUCAAGAAGCUUAGAGAUAGAGUGCAAGCCCAUGAUUAUUUCCAUUUCUCGCCAAUCAAAACAUCAAGAAAGAUUGAAAACGUCGAGGUGAGUGCAGAAGGCGGGCGAGUGUUCAGCACGUCUACCAGCCUCUUCACUGCUGCUGGAGGAAAGUGUCUGCUUUUGAUUGUCUGUCUCUCCCUCCCACUUGCUGCUUACAAGGGAAGGCCCCUGUGUUCGAAUGGUCUCUCUCCCUCGAUGCUGUCAGAAGAUGAUACCAAAGUUCUGGGUCUGCAGUUUGAAGAUUGUCCUGUAAUUCUGGUCACUUCUUUUUCUGUUGCUAUUUUGGGUGACUUUCAAUUAGGACAGCUUGCAGAUAAUGAACACUGAGCUGAACUGAAUAUGGACUCUUUUGAUUUUGUGUUUUAUAUUCUGUGCUUUUGCUUGUUCUUUCUUGUUGCCGUUUGCACGAUUUAAUUUUGCACUUGGGUGGGGUUUCAUGUUCUUGUCAUUUGCGCAAUUUGUUUUUGCACAGGGGGUUUGAUGUUCUUGUUGUCAUUUGCACGAUUUGCUUUUGCACUUGCAGGGGUUUGAUGUUCUCGUUGCUGUUUGCGCGAUUUGUUUUUUUGCACAUGGGGUUCCAUGGUUUUCUUUGUUUUGCGGCUGUCUGUGGGAAGAUGAAUCUCAGGGUUGUGUGCUUCAUACAUACUUCGAUAAUAAAUGUACUUUGAAUGCUUUUGAAUCGUUUGAAUGUAAGCAUUUCUAAAUAUAUAAAUAUUAGAGAUAUCAUGCAGUUGCCAAAGUUGGAUACAGCAACCACACUGCUAGAUACAGAGGGUCAUUACCCAGGUUUGUACCCAGGUCAGGAGAACAUGGGCAUAUGAGUGGUGGUAUCCACAGGGCAGCAACUCCCAGUGAAAGGAUCAAACUCAUGCCAUCUGGCCCAUUAACUCUACUCUCUUUUCACUAACUAAAAAAAAUGUUGGAAACACUCAGCAGAUCAGGCAGCAUCUGUGCAAAGGAAAACAGAGUUAACAUUUCAGAUUGAAAACCUUUGUCAAACUAGUAUUUUCUGAUUUUAUUUCAGAUCUUCAGCAUCUAUAUUGUCUUUUUUUAAAUUCUUUCUCUCCACUGAUGUUGUCUGCUGAUAUUUCGGGUGUUUUCUCAUUUUAUACUAUACAGGUUCUAUCUGCCAGCAUUUGGGUCCAAUGCAUCUCAGGGAGUGAAAUAAACUGGGGGGGAGGUGUUGGUGGGUGCAAGGCUAUGUAUUAGAGGAGCAAGGAGAUCCUGGAAGACAGUAGCUUGGAAAAGGUUACAAAUGCUUUGAGCUGAAAAUGUCAAGGAAGUAAUGCCCUGCUUAAUAGUGCCACACUGGAAAUUCACGUCAGUAAGCUAGCCACUUUGAGAUGCAAAAGACAGAACAGCUCUUGAUAUCUUCCAUGUAUCCAAGAAACAAUGGCAUCUCUCCCUUUAACAGACACAAAUUGCUGGAGAUCUCAGCAGGCCAGGCAGCAUCCAUGGAAAAGAGUAAACAGUCGAUGAAGAGUUUCGGCCCGGAACAUCGACUGUUUACUCUUUCCCAUAAAUGUCGCCUGGCCUGCUGAGUUUCUUCAGCAUUUUUGUGUGUGUGUUGCUUGGUUUCCAGCAUCUACAUAUUUUCUCUUGUUUGUGAUUGCAUCUCUCCUUUCUAGCACUUGGAUACAAAUGACAUUUUGACCUCCAUUCUUGUGAACAUUUGCAAGUUAUGCUCCCUUACUCACAUGUAUGAAGUUCAGAGUUGCAGUUUAGUCCUAUACUCUAAAUGAGAAUGGGCUCAAAUUCAAUGCUACUGUGAAAUUCAUUUUACUCCUGUUUUCCUCCAGCAAUGAUAUAGUAUAAAUGUUUAUGUAUCAUGUGAUCUUGCAGCAUGUUCUGGGCAGUGGAGUAAUUCCGAAAUGCGGCAGCUAUUGUAAUGUAGUCAACACAGUAGUAAUUUUGCAUAGGUUAAGCUUCCUCAAAAUGAAUGUAAUACUGAGCAGAUAACCAGCCUUAAGGAUAAUUAUUGAACAGGGCAACUUUCAAAAGAGUGCCCUGAUUUCUCAUUGCACUUGUGAGGGAUAGGUGGAUCCUUGGUUUAACAGUACUUCAAAUACUGCAGUUAGUAUUAGACUACAAACUUGAGUUCAAAUUUCUAAUCAGGAUGAGGGAACAUAUCAUUCCUGUCCUAACUACUCUGCAUUGGCUUCCUGUAUCUUUUAAAAUUGAUUUUAAAGUUCUCUUGUUUAUAAAGCUCUCAAUGGUCUGGGACUGGAGUACAUCACAAAAUCACUUUCAUUUUAUAAUCCCGCUCGAGCUCCCAUGCCUUCUUCCGUCGGUCUCUUAAAUUUAAAUGACUCCCACAAAAGAUAAUUGGCAAGUCAGUUUAUUGAACUACCCCCCUAAACUGUGGGAUUCAAUACAUGAAACUAUAAGGGGUGCAGACUCAGUUAACACUUUUAAACACCAGCUCAAAACCUAUUUACUCAAUCUUGCUUUUAACUAGCAUCUUUUUGUCUUUUAUUUUCAUGUUUACACGUUAUCCCGUUGUAAAGCACUUUGAACUACAUCGCCUGUUUGAAAAGUGCUCCGUAAAUAAGUUAUUACUAUUAUUUUUAUAUCUCUGGAGGGAGAUAAACCCAUAACCACCCGAUAAUCUACAAAAUCUUUGGUGUAAAAGGCUAUUUGAAAAGAGUGAUUUACACUGUCCUGUCAAAAACAUUUAGAGGAGUGUCAUUUUGACCACUGGGCAUGAAGCUUUGAAAAGGGAUCAUCCAACAUGAAAAAAAAAUUCGACAGACCUUUGAGAGAAAGAAUCAGAAAAUGCAGCAGUGCAGAUUAUAAUUUUCUUAUUGAAUGUUUCACAAAGGCAUUGCCCUUUUAAGAAAGGAACUAAAAUUGUCCUCGCAUGAACCAUGCAAAGAAUGUGUUUGUGCAAUAUUCUCAUCUGAUAUUUUGUUGGAGGGAUUAACCCAUUAAGAAUUCCACAAUAGCCACAGACUAACUGCUUGACUAUGGUCCUUGGCUCAGAAAUGUUUAAUACUUCAUAAUUAUGUUUUAUUUAUAUUAUAAUCAUGUAAAAUGUAACUCAGCAUUGUUUAUUUUUCGUGGCAGCCUUACAGGAAAUACGCAAAGUAACAAAAAAAUCUGGAGCAUGUUCAAAGUUGAAGGAAUCAGUGACCCCAACAAAAGUGGCUGUCACAGGGUUAUGAAGAAAAGGGAUGUCAUAUCCAAGCCCAUUCGUCUCCAUUCAGGUGAAAUUAGAAGGAAAUCAGAUAAGGCUGGAAACUGCAAGGGAGGCAUGAGAAACAUAAAUGUACAGCAGACUGCUGUGUCUGAAAAUAGAAGACACAGACUUUAACAACGGUUCUACUUUUGAAACAUGAACCUAUCGUUUCUCUCUACAAACACAGACAGACGUGCUGCAUUUUAUCUUUUAUUUCUGUUCCUGUUUUUGCAAACUCAUUCAGGUUACAACAGUAAUGUCACACUCUUGUUCUUCCCAACACUGUUUCUUUUUUACCUUUAGAUUUCCCCUUUUAUAUCUUUUCUUUUACUUUUUUCCUGCCUCAUUCUUGAAUCCACAGCUUUCUCCAUCUCAUUUCACCCUUUGUUAUUUUAUUUUCCUCGACUUGACUCAGGUUUGCUAUGUGCCUACUUGUUCCCUGUACCCCAUACUUGCAUCCUAUUCCUCAGCCUUGCGGUCUUUCUUCCCAACUGUAUGAAUCCUGUAAUGCCUAACGAUGACAGCAGAUAGUUUAUGUUUGCUGAUGGGCAAAUUAUGCACUUCUAUGUUCUACAUUGAAAUUUUCUAUGAAUCUUUAAAUUCUAAAAUUGUGAUUGUUUUAAAAAGUAAGGUUCACAAAGAGCUGGCUAGGCUAAAAUGUAACAGAGCCAAUGCUUUAACAUGGAGUUCAGUUGGUGGAGAACUAAUAAUCAAUUUCAGUUUCACUACUAAAACUAUUGCUAAACUUGUUUCCAAUAUUUACAUCAAAUUAAUGUUCAUAUUCAGAAGUUACCAGUGGAUAAACCCUGCUACUCAGCUAAUGUGGGCACCAAAUAUGUAUUUAAUUCUGAAUUAUAUAGUACUUUAAUAAUAAUAACUUUAUUUAUAGAGCACUUUUCAUACAGUGAUGUAGUUCUGAAUUCUUUCUUCUCUGACUUCUGGUGUGGCUGCAAUAAACAAAUGGAUGAGCAAUAAUUUCCCAAAACUAAAUGAAGAUAAAACUGAAAUACUUUUGGUUGGUCUCAAAGCCAAAAGAGAUAAACUUCUGGAUAAACUUGAGAACUUGGCUCCCCUUAUAAAAUCAGAAGUAACUAGUUUGGGUAUUAUCCUCAAUUCAAGAUUUGAAUUUUAAAUCUCACAUAAAGAAAGUGACCAGAGCUGCAUUUCUACACUUAAGAAAUAUUGCAAAGGUAUGUUUGUUUCUGUCAUAUAGUGAUGCUGAAACUAAUUCACCCCUUUAUAUCAAAUAGACUAGAUUACUGCAAUGCACUUUUUACUGGACUUCCCAAUCAAUCUAUAACCAAACUUCAACUCAUUCAGAAUGCUGCUGCUAGAUUUUAACCAAAACCAGGAUGAGGGAACAUCUCACUCUCAUAAUAGCUACUCUGCAUUGGCUUCCUGUAUCUUUUAGAAUGGACUUUAAAGUUCUCUUACUUGCUUUUAAAGUUCUCAAUGAUCUGGGACCAGAGUACAUCACAGAAUUACUUUCAUCUUAUAAUCCUGCUCGAGCUCUCAGGUCUUCCUCCACCAAUCUCUUAAAUUUAAACAACACCUUCAAAAGAUAAUUGACUGAUCAGCUUUUUGAAACUACGCUCUUAAACUGUGGAACUCAACAUCUAAAACUAUAAGGGAUGCAGACUCAGUUGCUCAAAACCUAUUUAUUUAGCCUUGCUUUUAACUAACAUUUUUUGUCUUUCAUUUUUAUUAUCAUUUUAGUUUAUUUUCAUAGUUAUACUUUUAUCCCAUUGUAAAGUGCUUUGAACUACAUAUUUAUACUUUAACCUCUAACUUUAUUUUUAUAUAAUUCUUUAUAAUAGUUGAAUAUUGUAUUUUGUCGCAUGUUGUGCCAACAAACACACCACACUGCAAAUUCCUCAUACGUGUAAACUUAUAUCAUAAAGUUGAUCCUUGAUCCUUUAUCCUUAAGGUAAAUGCCAUUUUUUUUUGUUUGGGUAUACAGUAAGUCUUUGGUAAUGAAGAUGUCACAAACUGACGGUGGUAGAAACAAAUGGUCGAGGUAAGUGCAAGGAUGUAUCAGUGAGAAGGGAUCCUCAGCAAAUUCUCUAUUGGCCAAGAUUAAUCCCUGAAUGAUAGAACAAUUUUGGAGACGGAGAGCUCCUGGUUUCACUGCAAUGAUCAUCAUUGUGAUCUGGGCAUUUGCAGGGAAGAAGUUGUCUUUGUUUUUACAUCCCAGAGGAAGAGCUGCCAAUCCGUCUCUUGGAUCUAGUUCAACCACAGUCCACUGAUUGACUUUGAACCAUAUUGAUUACCAGGAGGUUUCCCACGUCUAUUUCUGCUGGUUCAACUGUAUCAUCUUACUUUCAGUUUUUGCAUCAUCACUGAAUUAUACAUCACUGACACAUGCCAUUUGGUCCAAUUGCUCUGCAUAUAGACAUAGUAAGUUCUUACUUUGCCUCUGUUACAGUUCUUCCCUUACUGAGGUCCACCUUUAACUCUCCCACCACAUCUCCUCCCCAGUUCUGAUCUUAUCUUCAGCCACCCCUGUUAGCACUCUCAUUAGUGCCAGAACCAUGGCUGAUCUGUCUGAAGAUAUUAGCUGGUAAGUGAAUAAACCACCUGAAGAGUGGCUGGUGCUAGUGGAAAUAUCAACAGUUUCAGAAGAGUGCAUGUUAGAGGUGACGAGCUACAAGUGUAAGGACUUUCUACAGGGGCACAAUUGAGAGCAUCCUGACUGGCUGCAUCACUGCCUGGUAUGGGAACUGUAUCUCCCUUAAGCGCAGGACUCUGCAGAGAGCGGUAUGGACAGCCCAAAGGAUCAUUAGGGACCCGAGUCACUCCAACCACAAACUGUUCUGGCUGCUACCGUCCGGGAAAUGGUACCACAGCAUAAAAUCCAGGACCAACAGGCUCCGGGACAGCUUCUUCCACCAGGCCAUCAGACUGAUUAACUCACACUGAUUUGAGUGUAUUUCUAUACAAUAUUGACUGUUCUGUUGUACAUACUAAUUAUUGCAAAUCACUAUAAAUUGCACAUUGCACAUUUAAAAGGAGACGUAGUGUAAAGAUUUUUACUCCUCAUGUAUGUGAAGGACGUAAGAAACCAAGUCAAUUCAAUUCAAUUUAAAAAUCAUCCAUAGUGGUCUACAUUUAGAGCAAUAACUAUGACUCUGAGGAUUCCCUAAAGGUCAUCUUGCAAGUUGAGUCAGUAGUAAGGAAAGCAAAUGCUUUCCUCAGAGCAUAAAAGCAAGGAUGCAAUGCUGAGGCUUUAUAAGGCAUUGGUCAGGUCACUUUUGGGGUACUGAGAGCAGUUUUAGGCCCAGUAUCUAUGAAAGGAUAUGCUGGCAUUGGAGAAGAUCCAGAGGAACUUCACAAGAAUUAUCCUAAGAAUGAAAGGAUUAAUGUAUAAAGAGCAUUUGGUGACUCUGGCCCCAUACUCACUGGAAUCUAAAAGAAUGAGGGGAGAUCUCAUUGAAACCUAGAGAAUAUCGAAAGACCUAGCCAUAGUGGACGUGGAGUAGAUGUUUCAAUAGUGGGACAGAGACUGAGAGGGCACAGCCUCAGAAUAGAAAGACGUUCUUUUAGAAUAUAGAUGAGGAGGAAUUUCUUUAGCCAGAAGGUGAAUGCAUUGCCACAGAUGGUUAAGAAAGCCAAGUGAUUGGGUAUAUUUAAAGCAGUGGUUGAUAGGUUCUUGAUUAGUGAAAUGUUAUAAAGGUUGACCGGGAGAAGGCACGAAAAUGAGGUUUAAAGGAAAAAUAAAUCAGCCAUAAUUGGAUGGUGGAGAAGACUCAAUGAGCUGUUUGGCAAAAUUCUGCUCCUAUGAAUUAUGGUAUUAUGGAAUCUCAAAGUUAUCAACAGUCAGUUCGAGCAGCAUGAUUCAGUUGGUCAAGCGGCAUCUGGGUGAAGGGGAGGCGUGAAGGAAUUGUCGACACUGUGGGUUGAAAUCCUGUAUCAGGACUGAGAGAGGAGAGAGGAGAGGCUCAGAAUAAAGAUGAAAGCAGGAGAAGUAGGACAGAGGCCUAAGGUGAAUGGUGGAUUGAGGAUUAGUGCUGCAGUAAAAUUGGAAAGACACAGGGAAAAAAUAAGGUAUCAGACAGGGAGCAUGGAGUUUGGAUAUCGGUUCGAAGAGAUGACCACAGUUGGUUUAAGGACAGUGUUUAGAAGAGAUUUAACAAGAGGCUGAGGUUCAACAAAGCAGUCCCUGAAUCAGUAAUGGCCAAUGACUACAUGACGGAGGACAGCCAAUGAUGAUUGAUGUAGUAACUCAAUGCUCAAAGUUCAAAGCAAGUUUAUUAUCAAAGUACAUAUACGUCACCAUAUACAACCCUGAGCUAUGUUUUCUUGUGGGUAUACUCAACAAGUUAAUGGAAUAAUAACCAUGACAGAAUCAAUGUAAGACCACCCAAAUAAGCUGUUCAACCAGCGUGCAGUAGACAACAAACUGUGCAAAUGCAAAAAGGAGAAACAAUAAUAUAAAUAAAUAAGCAAUGAAUAUCAAGAACAUGAGGUGAAGAGUCCCUGAAAGUGAGUGGAACACCUCAAUGAAGGGGCAAGUGAAACUGAAUGAAGCCAUCCCACCUAGCGCAAGAACGUGACUGUUGAGGGGCAGCAACUACUUCUGAACCUGGCAGCGUGACCCCAAGGUCCCUGCACCCCUC